AUGCGAAUUGUCGCAUUUCUUUUUCUUGUCAAUCUCACCAUAGCAGCCAUUUUUGAAAUUAGCUUCUGCAAUGGAAACCAUGAUGUGAUAUGCAUGGAGAGUGAAAAACUAGCCCUAUCCAGAUUCAAGCAAGACCUAAAAGACCCUUCCAGCCGACUCUCUUCUUGGGACGUAGAAGAUGAUUGCUGUAAGUGGGCAGGAGUUGCUUGCGACAACAUAACCGGCCAUGUCCUUGGGCUCCAACUUCGAAAUCCCAAUAGUUCUAUGGAUUAUGAUUUCGAGUUUCAUGAUUAUUGGUACAAGAGGUCAGCGUUGAGAGGUCAAUUAAAUCCUUCUUUGCUAAAUUUGAAGCACCUCAGGUACCUGGAUCUAAGUCUAAAUGAUUUCGGAUCGGUACCAAUCCCAUCCUUCAUUGGAUCUCUGGUAAGUCUGCAAUUUCUUAACUUAUCCAAAGCAGGAUUUGUGGAUACAAUUCCCCAUCAACUUGGAAAUCUGUCAAGUUUACGUUUUCUAAGUAUUGAAGAUAAUUAUAAUUGGAUUAGUGUUCCUGACCUUGAAUGGCUUCAUGGUCUUUCCCAUUUGGAACACCUUGACCUAAGUGGAGUGUAUCUUAGGAAGACACCCAACUGGGUACAAGUAAUUAACAAGCUCCCUUCCUUAGUCGAGUUACACUUGUCUGGUUGUGUACUUGAUUACAUUCCUUCUCUAUUCGAUGUUAAUUCUACAUCUCUUGCCAUCCUAGAUCUUUCCUUUAACCAAUUUGGUUCUUUGAUACCUAGAUGGAUCUUCAGUCUUAGUAGCCUCGUUUCUCUUGAUCUAAGCUCAAGUAAUUUCACAGGCCCAAUACCUGAGGGUUCUUGGAACCUAACUUCUCUCACGACCCUUAAUAUCUCUAAUAAUGAUAAUCUCAAGUCUUCUUUACGUAAUUCUCUGUUUAGUAUGAAUAGCCUUGUUUCUCUUGAUCUAAGCUCAAGUAAUUUUGUAGGCAGACCUAAAGGGUCCAAAGAAAAUGGAUUUGAAGGUCCAGUUCCUAUGGCUUUCUUGAACAUGACCAAUCUUGAGCAUCUUGAUCUAUCAAAUAAUGAACUUGAGGGUACAUUUCCUAUGGUUUUGCCGAACAUGACGAGUCUUAGGUAUCUUGAUCUAUCACUUAAUAAACUUGAGGGAAGGCUACCAAGAUCAUUGGGAAAUCUCUGCAACUUGAGUUUUAUUGAUCUAUCAUAUAACAACUUUAGUGGGGAAUUGUUUAGAAGUUCGUCUAAAUGCGCAGAGUAUGCUUUGGAGUCAUUGUUCUUGUAUGGGAAUAAACUCUCUGGUCUGUUAACUGAUGAACUCAUACAAUUCAAAAAUGUGCGAGACCUUAUUCUCGGGGGUAACUUGUUUUCUGGUCCCAUACCAGUCAAUCUAGGAAGACUAACGUCCUUAGAAAGAUUGGUUUUAGAUGGAAAUCAAUUAAAUGGAACUCUUCCUCAAAGUCUUGGACACCUUUCAAAGUUAAAACAUUUUGAUGUGUCUGAUAAUUUGUUGGAAGGAAUUGUGUUUGAAGCUCACUUCACCAAUAUCAUAAAUCUAAGGGAAUUUUAUGCCUCUCGAAACCGAUUGACUUUAAAAGUGAGUCCUAAUUGGAUCCCUCCCUUUCAACUUGAAGAGGUAGAACUUGCAUCAUGGAAUUUGGGUCCAAAGUUUCCCAUAUGGGUCCAAUCACAGAAAAACCUUGGGUAUCUUGAUCUCUCCAACACUGGAAUAUCAGAUAGGAUUCCAAUUUGGUUUUGGAAUUCAUCUUCAUCGCUCUACUUUCUAGAUCUUUCCCACAACCAAAUAUAUGAUGAGAUCCCAUAUAUUCUUUAUCCUCCUAACAGGGGCCAAAGUAUUUACUUGAGUUCUAACCACUUUAGUGGUCCAAUACCCCGUCUUUCGCCCAACUUGAUUGAGCUUGAUCUUUCUAACAAUUCAUUCUCUGGGAGUAUCUCCCACUUCUUAUGUGAUCGGAAUGACAGCCAAUCCCUAGGAUAUCUUAAUCUACAAGAUAACCUUUUAUCAGGAGAAAUUCCUGACUGUUGGAUGAGUUGGCAAUCUUUGAACAUCGUGGAAAUGGGAAACAACAAUCUGACAGGGAAUAUUCCAAGGUCCAUGUGGCUUCUAGAUUUGAAUUCGUUACACUUGCGUAACAACCAUCUCUCUGGUGAAAUUUCUUUGCCUCUACAAAGCUUCACAAGUAUAGUAGUGCUUGACCUUAGUGAGAACGAGAUUACUGGAAGCAUACCUACAAGGAUGGCAGAAUGGUUUCCAUAUUUACUUGUUCUCGCCCUUCGUUCGAAUAAGUUAGAUGGCGCAAUACCUCCAGAACUUUGUCACCUCACCUCUCUUCAAGUCUUGGAUCUUGCACACAACAAUUUGUCUGGAGCAAUACCAUGGUGCAUCAACAAUUUUACUACCAUGGCAUUGAAGAAAUACUCGAGCGAUCCCAUUAGAUAUGUAUUUCCAGUCACCACUGAUAAUCGUUUUCAUCAAUUUGGCGAUGGUUUCAUAGAUAAUGCACUUUUGGUGACAAAAGGAAGUACGUAUCAAUAUGACAAGAUUCUUCCUCUUGUGGUUAGCAUGGACCUUUCAAACAACAAUAUAUCUGGAAACAUCCCUGAGGAAUUAACAAGUCUUGUGGGAUUGCGAUUGUUGAAUUUUUCUGGAAAUCAUUUGACUGGUGUUAUUCCAAAGAAAAUAAAUAACAUGGUCCUGCUGGAAUCUCUUGAUUUAUCUGGAAACCAACUAUCCGGUGAAAUUCCUUCAAGCAUGUCAGGUUUGGCAUUUUUGAGUUACUUGAAUUUGUCUUAUAAUAACUUGACAGGGAAAAUUCCAUUGAGCACUCAACUCCAGAGCUUUAAUGCUUCUAGCUUUGUCGACAACAAUCUUUGUGGACUUCCACUCACAAAGACUUGUAGUGUAGAUGGAAAAACACCUCAUGUAAGGAAUGAAGGAGAUAGUGAAGGUACUAAUUCUGAAGUGGAUUGGUUUUAUUUGUUUACAGCUUUGGGAUUCAUUGCAGCAUCUGCAGCGCCAGGGGCUUCUAUACAUAUUUGUCUGCAGAGAAAGCUUGUUGAAACUGUCGUCUGA